GAUCCCGUCCGAUCAGGAGGGAUCCACGGGGCCAGCUUCGUAAAGGAGGACAAGGACGGCGGAUGGGAGACCUGAAGCAAGGAUGGCCGAGGCCUUCAAGUAACUGAGUGAAGAUUCAACAUGGCAACCUUUCUGGCAGCCCAGAAUGCCCACUCUGUUCUCAAGCGCUUCCCUCGAGCCAAUGGCUUCUUGGAGGAAUUCCGGCAGGGCACCAUUGAGCGAGAGUGUGUCGAGGAGAUCUGCAGCUAUGAGGAGGUCAAGGAGGUGUUUGAAAACAAGGAGAAGACGAUGGAGUUUUGGAAAGGUUACGCCUACUCUGUCAAGGAUCCCACAGAAGGCACGGGCCGCUCGGAUGCCAUGUACGUUGUAGUGCCCUUGCUGGGUGUUGCUCUGCUUAUCGUCAUUGCCCUGUUCAUCAUAUGGAGGUGCCAGCUCCAGAAGGCCACCCGCCACCGUCCUUCUUAUGCCCAGAACCGCUACUUGACCAGCCGAGCAGGCCGUAGCCUUCCCAGGGUGAUGGUGUACCGAGAGGCCUCGCACAGCCAAAGCGAAGCCCACUGCCAGCGGGACCCAGGCGGCAGAGGGGCCGGCAAUGGCCGAUGGGGCCUCGGGCCUGCCAGCCAGCCAGCCAGCACCCUCCAUCCCUCCGAUCCUUCCGCCUCCACCCUGAUGAGAUUGUCCAGCGCGACCCCGCCGCCUUCGUACGAGGAAGUGACUGGGCAUCCUGAGAACAGCAGUGGCGAGGAGACUAGCCUGUCCUACAGUGACCCACCACCCAAGUACGAGGAGAUCGUGGCUGCCGUUCCUGGCCCAGGGAAAUAGUAGCCUGGUGCUGCUCUCCAUAUUAUUAUGUUCGACCAGAAGAUGCCAUCACGGAGAAGCCUUAUUCUUCACACUCACCAAAAACUCCGGUGAUAGCAGAUUCCAUGAAUGCCCCUCCCUUCUCCAGCAGGGGGUGCUGCAGAAAUGGUCAAGGUUCCAGUGAGCUCUGCUUUCUAGUCUCCUGUGUAUGCGGUUAUGGAAGGCGGGG